AUCUUUUUCUAGGCGACUUGUUGACACGCGUGGUAGCAGUGAGAUUUAAAUAUGGUAAUCUUUUUCUUUCAUUGUAGAUCGCGAUCGGGUCAUGCUAAAUGGAACUGAUCUUUGAAAAUUAGUGAACGUCAAGUCAACGACCUUUUUCAGACGUUGCAAUGCAUUUCGACGAACUUCUGAAAGUCUUGGGAGAACUUGGACACUAUCAAAAAACGCGUCUUUUCUUAAUAUGUCUUGUGUCCAUCGUGUGUGCCUUCCAUGCGAUGAAUAUGGUAUUUGUAGGUGCAAACCCAAAGAAACAAUGUCAGAUUCCGUACAGAAACCUGUCGUCUGCUGGUGUUGAAAAUGUGACGUUUGAUAGUUGGAUUUCCUUCUUGAGGGAAGCAGACGAAGAUGCAUGUGAAAUCUACAAGUCUGACGAAGUUCUUCGCUAUGUUACUAACGGGACGUCUACAUUCCAGGAACUUUUAUCAUCCCAAACAAAUGUUUCUUUUAGCAAAGAAGAGUGUUCAGAUUGGGAAUUUUCUCGUGAUGUUUACGGACCUACAAUUGUAACUCAGUUUUACUUAGUCUGCAAGUCAGCAUGGCUACGGAGUACUUCCAAAACGUUGUACUUUUUCGGCCGGCUUCUUGGUGCUGUUAUAUUUGGCCAGCUCUCAGACAUAUUUGGUCGCCGUCCUAUGUUUUUUGCUGGGUUGCUGAUGUUGCUCAUUGUGGGUUGUGUUGCUGCCGCCUCUCCGUCCAUGUUUGUUUUCAUUCCAUUCUAUAUUCUCCAGGGAGCAGCCCAGACCGGGCUUUUCUUGGUUGCUUUUACAAUGUGUACUGAGCUAGUGGGGCCGAGUUACCGUGUACUGGCUGGGUUUCUGAUCCAGGGAUUUUACAGUAUCGGGUACAUGGCCUUGUCUGGAAUCGCCUACCUCAUCUACGACUGGCGAUACAUCGAACUGGCCAUCACCCUACCCGUGGUGCUAUUUUCCGUUUAUCUAUGUGUACUACCAGAGUCUAUUCGAUGGCUGCUUUCUAAAGGCCGGGAGGAGCAAGCGAAAGAAAUUAUUAAAAAGGUCGCUAAAACCAACAAAGUCGCCAUCACAGAAAGCAUGCUGGAGGGACUGGGUGUUUCCAAAGAGAAUCCGAAAGACAUCCUAGAUGAUAGGAAGUAUACGUUCGUAGACCUCUUUCGACCAUUCAAAAUGCUGACCCUUUCUCUUAACGUUUGGUUUAACUGGUUGGUGAAUGCCAUGGUGUAUUAUGGACUGGCCCUGGGGACAGAUAACCUGGGAGGUGAUCCCUAUAUUAACUUUAUGAUAGCAGGGGCUGUCGAGAUUCCUGCUUAUAUUAUGUGUGUAUUAUGUCUAAACCGAAUCGGGAGGAAAAAGCCAUUGACGGCUACCAUGAUCUUCGGUGGAAUAAGUUGUAUAGCAUCUGCUUUUAUACCAAAAGAUCUGGUUCCGCUAAAAGUGACGUUGGCAAUGUUAGGGAAGUUCGGUAUAACAGCAUCAUACGCUAUAAUAUACCUAAUGGCAGCUGAAGUAUUUCCAACAGUAGUUAGAAAUAUUGGUAUGGGUAUCUCCUCAAUGUCUGCCCGUAUUGGGGGAAUGUUAGCACCACAGAUUUUAGAGCUAGGGGUCUUUUGGGCCCCACUGCCCCUUCUCUUGUUCGGCGCCCUGUCAGCUGUAGCUGGGCUUCUAGCACUAAUACUUCCGGAAACAAACGGAAGACCUCUUCCACAGACAAUUGAUGACAUCUUAUAUCCGGAUAAACUAAAACAUCGAGAUGAUAUGACUUUGGAAAUAAAACAGAGCGAAAAGAAAGACUUGGAAGAAAGAGUAUGAUGGAUUUUGCAAUGCCCCCUUAUUUGCUCAGUGUCAUUCCAGGAUUAAAAAUAUAUUUUUUAAGAUUUAAUGAAUAUUUUCUUAUGUGCAAUGUUAUAAAUUAUUAUACACUAUAUUGAAAAAUGUUUUUCAGUCGAUUUGCCUAUAAGAAUAUAUGAAUAUUUUUAUUUUAAAAGCAGCAAGCAAUACAUAUAUUUGCAUUUAUGCGACCCUCUGACGAUGCCAAAAUAAUUUGUUCAGAUAUUUUACAUUUUUCCAUAUUUUUGCUUUAAAAAUAUCUAGAACAGUACAUUUUUGAGUAGAUGUAAUCGUACUUUCAUUUACCUUUAAACAAUGUUUACAAUGAUUUUAAUGUCGAGGAAAUAAAUAUAAUAAUUUCAGUCAGCAAA